AUGCGUGCAUUCCUUAUUCUUUGCUUGGUGGCUGCCGUUUAUGCUGACAAAUUAGGUUACAACUAUCGGCCAGUUGAUCAUUCCGGUUCUGGACUUUCAUUUUCUCCAGGUGGCAGUGGUGUCUUAAGUGGAUUUGACAAUGCUUCACCAUCAAUUGAAGCACCCUCAUAUGCCGCACCCGCCGAGGAAUUCAGCAAGGAAUUUUACACUUACUCAGCUCCAGAUAAUGAGUUCGAUGACCCACAAGCUUCCCAACAACUUUCUAACUCACUAAAACGCGGUCUACGUGUGAUUUUCAUUAAGGGACCAGAAAACAAAGGCUUGGAAAAUGCUGCUCUUAACUUGGCUAAACAAGCUGGUGAACAAAAGACUGCCAUCUAUGUACUUAACAAACAAGCCGAUAUUGGUGAUUUGGCCAACAAGCUCAAUGCAAUCCGCAACAACAACAACCAACGUCCAGAUGUACACUUCGUCAAAUAUCGUACACCAGAAGAUGCUGCCAAUGCACAAAGAGCAAUUCAAUCUCAGUAUGAUUCUUUGGGUGGAUCUACUCAAUCUCACAAUGGUGGUGUUGCUCCUGUUAUUAACUUUGCCUCACAAGCACCUGUCAGCGCUCCAGUUGCACGUGCCCCAGGUAAUGCCUACUUGCCAGCAUCCAUUUUCCGUACACGCCUCUAA